CCGAGAUCCUGGAGCUGGCGGGCAACGCGGCCCGCGACAACAAGAAGACGCGCAUCAUCCCCCGCCACCUGCAGCUCGCCAUCCGCAACGACGAGGAGCUCAACAAGCUGCUGGGCAAGGUGACGAUCGCGCAGGGCGGCGUGCUGCCCAACAUCCAGGCCGUGCUGCUGCCCAAGAAGACUGAAAGCCACAAAGCCAAGAGCAAGUAAAGCAGGCGGCGAAAGCGUCCCGAGCCCAGAAGC